AUGCCUUAUAAUUUGCCACCACGGAUGUGCAUGAAACAACCAUACUUUAUGCUAUCACUGCUCAUUCCUGGCCCAUAUGCACCUGGGAAUAACAUUGAUGUUUACCUUCAACCUCUUAUAGCUGAGUUGAAGGAAUUGUGGGACGUAGGUGUGACCACUUAUGAUGCAUCAUUAAAGGAAAAUUUUCAGAUGCAUGCUGCUUUACUUUGGACCAUUAGUGAUUUUCCUGGUUAUGCUAAUUUAUCUGGUUGGAGUACUAAAGGUUAUUUAACAUGUCCAGUCCAUCUUUCAUCUCCUUCUUCCCUAGCCAAAGGAGAAAGAAAGAAAGAAGAAACCAUGGAUGACAUAGAUGUUGUAUACAAAUACUAUUGGGAAAAUAUGUUCCUCCAAACUGAGCAACUAGCAAGCGGUGUCUUGUGUAGGAAUUUUGAUGAAUCAUUUUCAUUUUAUGAUUCAAGCUCUCCUGACGGAGCACAAUCAUCAGCAGCAUCAAAGAACAUUGAGUCGGAGAGGAAGAGGAGGAAGAAACUGACUGAAAGGCUCCAUGCACUUAGAGCUGUGGUCCCCAAUAUCAGUAAGAUGGACAAGGCUUCAAUUAUUAAAGAUGCCAUAGACUACAUACAAGAACUGCAUAAUCAAGAGAGAGUGGUUCAAGCUGAAAUAUCAGAACUGGAGUCAAAGAGGAGUAUAUUUCUUGAUUUUGAUGAAGAAAUAAGCUGUAAUUCCAAGCCAAAGAGAUCAAGAUUUGAGCAGACCUGCGAUUCUGUAGGGUCCAGAUCAUCUCUCAUUGAAGUUCUUGAGUUAAGGGUAUCUCACAUUGGAGAAAAGACUAUUGUAGUGAGCCUCGUAUGCAGUAAAAGAACAGACACAAUUGUAAAGAUCUGUGAAGUCUUUGAAUCUUUGAAUCUCAAAAUCAUUACAGCCAACAUCACUGCAUUUUCUGGCAGGCUUCUAAACACUGUAUUCUUAGAGGCUAACGAGGAAGAAAAAGAUGUUUUGAAGAUAAAAAUCCAAACUGCAAUUGCAGCUUUAAAUGAUCCAGACAGCCCUAUGAGUGUGUGAAGAGAAAGAAUGAGGCUCAGUAUUGUGACUUAUCCAAGAAUGCAUCUAGGGAUAAUAGAUGUCAACAACGAAAUCAGUUCUCUUCUGGUCAAGUUUUUUCUACUGUGGUAAUUAGGUCGUAGUUUAGUUCCUUUUCAAGAGGAUGAUUCGAAUAAGUAAUGUGCUUUGGCUUUGAUUGAUUUUUUUUUUUUUUUUUUUGGUGUCUGUCUUGCGUGUAUAUAUGACACACAAGUUUUACGAAGGUCCGAUCUUUCUACUG